CUCUCUCUCAAGCUUUCACCAUUAACAAUGGCGGAGAAAAAACCUUGGGAUCAUUUGCGCGAUGGCAUUAACGAUCUCUGGAACUCCUUCUUUGGUGCUUCAGAUGAUAACGAUCUCAGUCUAUUCUGCAAGAAUCGCUCCGACGAACGCAUUCCUGAGAGUUUCCUGGAAAAAUUCAUCAGCAAAUUGGAAGAAGAUAAGUGGACUCUCAGCGAAGAUCCAGACUAUAAGACACCACAGGAGUUGAUGGAUAAGGUGUUUCAGGCUACGAAAAAGAAAAUGAUGGAAAAGCUUCGCAAACAGAACAAGAAGAAAGUUGCUCAAGAUGAGAAGAAGGAAGAGAUUGUGCAGCAGGAGGAAGCGAUUGUGCCUGUGGAAGUUGUAGAGGAGGAAGAAGAAGUUGUCCUCACUGAAGAACAACUGAAGCUAAACUUGGAAGUGAAAAGAAAGAGACGUGAAGAGUGGGCAAAGCUUAAGAAGAUACAAAGCCAGGAGAGAGCUGAAAAAACCAGGAUCUAUCAGAGGGACUUGACAAUGGCAAAUCGAACUCUGAGCAUGAACAAUGAGCUAAUUGGCUGUGAUAAGGAAGCUCAAAGGCAGAAAGGAUGUCCUAGUGAUGCUGAUGUCGGAAAAUGGCUUACAAAGGCUGUUGAUCGCCGCGUGGUUGUGCUAAAAUUCAAACUUUGCUGGUCCGCAUGUCCAACCAGAUUGCCUAAGAGUCUCUACUCCUGCGAAACACUCGAGGAACUUACACUCUCUCACAAGAUUCUUGUGGAUUUCCCUUCUUCUGCUUGCCUCCCGUCCCUUCUCACUCUUGAACUUUUCUAUGUGGUGUAUAAAGACGAGGCUUCUCUUGUUAGGCUCUUAUCGAGCUGCCCUGUUCUUGAACUUUUGGACGUGAAACGAAACAAGAAUCAUGACAAUACUUUAGUGUAGCAGAUACUGGUAGGUGUUUGGCUAUCGA